CCCAGAGAUGCGGGGUCUACCGAGAGGGAGGGGGUUGAUGCGGGCCCGGGGUAGGGGUCGUGCGGCCCCUCCGGGCAGCCGAGGCCGCGGAAGGGGGGGGCCCCAUAGAGGAAGAGGUAGGCCCCGGAGCCUACUCUCUCUUCCCAGGGCCCAGGCAUCCUGGACCCCCCAACUCUCUACUGGGCUGACCAGCCCUCCUGUCCCUUGUCUCCCCUCCCAGGGGGAGGCCCCCGCUGAGAUGGGGGCGCUGCUGCUGGAGAAGGAAACCAGAGGAGCCACCGAGAGAGUUCAUGGCUCUUUGGGGGACACCCCUCGUAGUGAAGAGACCCUACCCAAGGCCACCCCCGACUCCGUGGCGCCUGCUGGCCCCUCAUCUCCAGCCUCUGUCACUGUCACUGUUGGCGAUGAGGGGGCUGACACCCCUGUAGGGGCUACACCGCUCAUUGGGGAUGAAUCCGAAAAUCUUGAGGGAGAUGGGGACCUCCAUGGGGGCCGGAUCCUGCUGGGCCAUGCCACAAAGUCAUUCCCCUCUUCCCCCAGCAAGGGGGGUUCCUGUCCUAGCCGGGCCAAGAUGUCAAUGACAGGGGCGGGAAAAUCACCUCCAUCUGUCCAGAGUUUGGCUAUGAGGCUGCUGAGUAUGCCGGGAGCCCAGGGAGCUGCAGCAGCAGGGCCUGAACCCCCUCCAGCCACCACUAGCCCAGAGGGACAGCCCAAGGUCCACCGAGCCCGCAAAACCAUGUCCAAACCAGGAAAUGGACAGCCCCCGGUCCCUGAGAAGCGGCCCCCUGAAGUACAGCAUUUCCGCAUGAGCGACGAUGUCCACUCACUGGGAAAGGUCACCUCAGAUGUGGCCAAAAGGAGGAAGCUGAACUCAGGAGGUGGCCUGUCGGAGGAGUUAGGUUCUGCCCGGCGUUCAGGAGAAGUCACCCUGGCGAAAGGGGACACCGGAUCCCUGGAGGAGUGGGAGACGGUGGUGGGUGAUGACUUCAGUCUCUACUAUGAUUCCUACUCUGUGGAUGAGCGAGUGGACUCCGACAGCAAGUCUGAAGUUGAAGCUCUAACUGAACAACUAAGUGAAGAGGAGGAGGAAGAAGAGGAGGAAGAAGAGGAGGAGGAAGAGGAGGAGGAAGAGGAAGAAGAAGAGGAAGAUGAGGAGUCAGGGAAUCAAUCAGAUAGAAGUGGUUCCAGUGGCCGGCGCAAGGCCAAGAAGAAAUGGCGAAAAGACAGCCCGUGGGUGAAGCCAUCUCGGAAACGGCGCAAGCGGGAGCCUCCGCGGGCCAAGGAGCCACGAGGAGUGAAUGGUGUGGGCUCCUCAGGCCCCAGUGAGUACAUGGAGGUCCCUCUGGGGUCCCUGGAGCUGCCCAGCGAGGGGACCCUCUCCCCCAACCACGCUGGGGUAUCCAAUGACACAUCUUCGCUGGAGACAGAGCGAGGGUUUGAGGAGUUGCCCCUGUGCAGCUGCCGCAUGGAGGCACCCAAGAUCGACCGCAUCAGCGAGAGGGCGGGGCACAAGUGCAUGGCCACCGAGAGUGUGGACGGAGAGCUGUCAGGCUGCAAUGCCGCCAUCCUCAAGCGGGAGACCAUGAGGCCAUCCAGCCGCGUGGCCCUGAUGGUGCUCUGUGAGACCCACCGCGCCCGCAUGGUCAAACACCACUGCUGCCCGGGCUGCGGCUACUUCUGCACAGCGGGCACCUUCCUGGAGUGCCACCCUGACUUCCGUGUGGCCCACCGCUUCCACAAGGCCUGUGUGUCUCAGCUGAAUGGGAUGGUCUUCUGUCCCCACUGUGGGGAGGAUGCUUCUGAAGCUCAAGAGGUGACCAUCCCUCGGGGUGAUGGGGUGACCCCGCCAGCCGGCACUGCAGCUCCUGCACCCCCACCCCUGUCCCAGGAUGCCCCCGGGAGAGCAGACACUUCUCAGCCCAGUGCCCGGAUGCGAGGGCAUGGGGAGCCCCGGCGCCCGCCCUGCGAUCCCCUGGCUGACACCAUCGACAGCUCAGGGCCCUCCCUGACCCUGCCCAAUGGGGGCUGCCUUUCAGCCGUGGGGCUGCCACUGGGGCCAGGCCGGGAGGCCCUGGAAAAGGCCCUGGUCAUCCAGGAGUCAGAGAGGCGGAAGAAGCUCCGUUUCCACCCUCGGCAGUUGUACCUGUCCGUGAAGCAGGGCGAGCUGCAGAAGGUGAUCCUGAUGCUGUUGGACAACCUGGACCCCAACUUCCAGAGCGACCAGCAGAGCAAGCGCACACCCCUGCAUGCAGCCGCCCAGAAGGGCUCCGUGGAGAUCUGCCAUGUGCUGCUGCAGGCUGGAGCCAACAUAAAUGCAGUGGACAAACAGCAGCGGACGCCACUGAUGGAGGCCGUGGUGAACAACCACCUGGAGGUGGCCCGUUACAUGGUGCAGCGUGGUGGCUGUGUCUAUAGCAAGGAGGAGGACGGCUCCACCUGCCUCCACCACGCAGCCAAAAUCGGGAACUUGGAGAUGGUCAGCCUGCUGCUGAGCACAGGACAGGUGGACGUCAACGCCCAGGACAGUGGGGGGUGGACGCCCAUCAUCUGGGCUGCAGAGCACAAGCACAUCGAGGUGAUCCGAAUGCUACUGACGCGGGGCGCCGACGUCACCCUCACUGACAACGUGAGUGAGAGUUUGGUUGAGGAGGAAAACAUCUGCCUGCACUGGGCCUCCUUCACAGGCAGCGCCGCCAUCGCCGAAGUCCUUCUGAAUGCACGCUGCGACCUCCAUGCUGUCAACUACCACGGGGACACCCCCCUGCACAUCGCAGCUCGGGAGAGCUACCAUGACUGCGUGCUGUUAUUCCUGUCACGUGGGGCCAAUCCUGAGCUGCGGAACAAGGAGGGGGACACAGCAUGGGACCUGACUCCCGAGCGCUCCGACGUGUGGUUUGCGCUUCAACUCAACCGCAAGCUCCGACUUGGGGUGGGAAAUCGGGCCAUCCGCACAGAGAAGAUCAUCUGCCGGGACGUGGCUCGGGGCUAUGAGAACGUGCCCAUUCCCUGUGUCAACGGUGUGGAUGGGGAGCCCUGCCCCGAGGAUUACAAGUACAUCUCGGAGAACUGCGAGACGUCCACCAUGAACAUUGACCGCAACAUCACCCACCUGCAGCACUGCACGUGUGUGGACGACUGCUCCAGCUCCAACUGCCUGUGCGGCCAGCUCAGCAUCCGGUGUUGGUAUGACAAGGAUGGGCGAUUGCUCCAGGAAUUUAACAAGAUUGAGCCCCCGCUGAUUUUCGAGUGUAACCAGGCGUGCUCAUGCUGGAGAAACUGCAAGAACCGGGUCGUACAGAGUGGCAUCAAGGUGCGGCUACAGCUCUACCGAACAGCCAAGAUGGGCUGGGGGGUCCGCGCCCUGCAGACCAUCCCACAGGGGACCUUCAUCUGCGAGUAUGUCGGGGAGCUGAUCUCUGAUGCCGAGGCUGAUGUGAGGGAGGAUGAUUCUUACCUCUUCGACUUAGACAACAAGGAUGGAGAGGUGUACUGCAUUGAUGCCCGUUACUAUGGCAACAUCAGCCGCUUCAUCAACCACCUGUGUGACCCCAACAUCAUUCCCGUCCGGGUCUUCAUGCUGCACCAAGACCUGCGAUUUCCACGCAUCGCCUUCUUCAGUUCCCGAGACAUCCGGACUGGGGAGGAGCUAGGGUUUGACUAUGGCGACCGCUUCUGGGACAUCAAAAGCAAAUAUUUCACCUGCCAGUGUGGCUCUGAGAAGUGCAAGCACUCAGCCGAAGCCAUUGCCCUGGAGCAGAGCCGUCUGGCCCGCCUGGACCCACACCCUGAGCUGCUGCCCGAGCUCAGCUCCCUGCCCCCUGUCAACACAUGAGAACGGACCACACCCUCCCUCCCCAGCAUGGAUGGCCACAGCUCAGCCGCCUCCUCUGCCACCAGCUGCUCGCAGCCCAUGCCUGGGGGUGCUGCCAUCUUCUCUCCCCACCACCCUUUCACACAUUCCUGACCAGAGAUCCCAGCCAGGCCCUGGAGGUCUGACAGCCCCUCCCUCCCAGAGCUGGUUCCUCCCUGGGAGGGCAACUUCAGGGCUGGCCACCCCCCUGUUACCCAUCCUCAGUUGAAGUUUGAUGAAUUGAAGUCGGGCCUCUAUGCCAACUGGUUCCUUUUGUUCUCAAUAAAUGUUGGGUUUGGUAAUAAA